CAUAAGAAAGUGCAAUAAAUAUUUCAUUCGAUGUUACUAUGCGAUAUGAACUCGCAAUUGGAUGCGUACGUUAUCGUAAAUAAUCGGAAUAUUUGUUUACAAUAGAAAUUAAACUAUGUGUGAUCUUUAAUGAUAAUUAAAGAGUCGGCAUUUUUGAUAUAAAGAAACGACAGUUAUUAAUUCGAUAUGUUAUCUCAUUUCAAAUCGAUUUGUUGGAUAUAUUGACUUUAUGGCUCAUGCAACAGAUUAUUUUAAUAAAAUAUAGUACUACGAGAACAACGGAUAUGUACAAUUUUUAACGGAAAGAUUUGACGUAUAAAUGAACAAUUAACUAUUUCCCCAUCAUCAUAAUUUAAAGCCGGUCAAAGUGUAAUCUUACAGUAUCAGUUUACAAUAUCAAAGAUGGAAACGCGUGCUGAACUUAUUGCUGAAAUUCGCGAAAAAUUCUUUAAAAAAUUGGAGGAAGAAAGACCAUCUGACCCUAGAGGUUUUCAUCCAGCAGAUAUGGAUAGAAUAAAAUAUAAUGAUGAUUGGUUAAAGAGAUUCUUAGAACAUAAUGAAAAUGAUCUACAAGAAUCUCUAUCUAUGCUUUGGGAAUCUUGUACUUGGAGAAGAAAAGUUGGUGCAAAUGACAUUUCAGAGGAUAAUGUCAGAAAAGACUAUCUAGAAGAAGGAGUGAUUUUUAGUUAUGGUAAAGAUAAAGAUGGCAAAUCUCUUUUUAUUGUUAGAUCUAAACUAUAUGUUAAGGGAGCAAAGGACUUUGGGGAACUUCAGAGAUGCAUCAUUUAUUGGUUUGAAAGAUUAGAAAGGGAAGGAAAUGGAAAUCAAAUAUCAAUUUUUUUUGAUAUGGCGGAGACCGGCCUUUCAAAUAUGGAUAUGGAAUUCACAAAAUACUUGAUUGGUUUAUUCAAAUCUUAUUAUCCAAAUUUUCUAAAUUAUAUCAUAAUAUUUGAAAUGCCCUGGGUAUUAAAUGCAGCUUUUAAGAUAAUUAAGUCAUGGUUACCUGCUAAAGCAAUACCAAAGAUAAAAUUUGUUAAUAAAUCUAAUUUAAAAGAUUUUGUGGAUCCAAAUGAUAUACUUAAAUAUUGGGGCGGUACAAAUGAUUAUACUUUUACUUUUGUCUCGGAAGAACGAACGAGUACAGAAAAUGCAAUAAAUAACAAACUAGAUAACAAAAAGGUACAUUUCGUUGAAAGUUCUCCAUUAACAGAACAACCCCCAAGUGGAUUUGGAGAUCAAGUAAAUGAAGAACAAUUACUCUCAAUUGAACCAGAAGCAGUUACCUUCAACAAAGAAGGAAAUGAAAUCAUUGGCAGAAUUAUAUUAAAAAAUGUCACGAUAGAUAAACCUUUAUCUUACAAAAUUAAAACUACAUCACCACAGAAAUUUAGGGUAAGACCAAGUUCAGGUAUUAUAUCACCUUCAGAACGGUGCAGUGUUACAGUCGUUUUUCAACCGGGAUACAAUCUACGUGGACUCUCGAAUAAUGAUAGAUUUCUGGUAAUGUGUCUUCCUGUUAAAAAUGCUGCUGCAACCGCACAAGAAUUAACGACAAUAUGGAAGUCUGGUAAACCUGCUGAGCAACACAGAUUAAGAUGUUGCGAUGGUGCAAAUGAGAACAAUGAGGUACAGAAAACGUAUUCUAUAUUGUCAUCUGGUUCCAUAGAAGAGAAUCGUACGAUAGAUGCACUUUGCUCUAAGGUAAUUCAUUUGGAAGAAAAUUGCAACAAAUUAUACAAGGAAUUAAAAUAUCUCCAAAUAUUCUCUAUAAUAUUGACAGUCCUAAUGGCAAUUGCAGUUAUAUAUAUUUUAAGAAUUGAUAUACAAAAUGCUGAUCUUGAAAACUGCCAUAUUCAUCGUGGUAUAUAAAAUAUAUGUUAAAACAUGAAAUCUAGUCUAAAAUAUAUGAGACCAUUUCUUGGUAUGGUUUUUAUAAAAUUCAAGUAUUUAGGUGUGGAUACAUUUUGCUAAAAAUCGUUAUUCUUAUUAGAUUACUAUAAAGAAAAAGAAAGGAGGGGGAAAAAAACAAAAAAAAAAAAAAAAACAAAAACAUUGUUAUAGAAUUAUAUUUAUCUCAAAUUUCGACUAUGUCUAAUAUGUUUACUUGUCCCAUUUCAUAUUUUUUGACAUUAAACAAUAAAUAUUGUGAGCUUUGUUAUAAAA